AUGUGGUGGUGGCUGGGGCUGGCUGCAGGUCUACUGAGCUGUGGACUAGCCAUCGAAUCGGAGGCUCUUUUGGAGCAGCCAAGCAUUUUCGAAACUACCAAGCGACUCCUCGCCGAAAUCGUCAAUGAAGGUCUGGUGGAUGCUACCAUCGGGGGGUCGAAAAACGACCAAUAUCUGUACCUACACAGUCAUUUACCCGCUGCGAAGAAUGCUAGCAAAAGUUUUAAAGUCGGUCUUCGGCCGGGCACUGUGUUAGAGACCAGAGAUGGAAAGGUUGCAGCUGUUGUGCGACCAGAUAGCUUGCAGCCGCCUGUGGUGAUUGGUAAUGGCGAUGGACAAGAGGAAGAGCACAAUCCAGAAAUAUUAUUCCGGUUUCUAAGUCCGUGGCUAAUCAAAGAUGCCGAUGAGGAUACCUUGAACGAGAUCGCCCUCGAAUUGGGUAACUCAGCACGGAAACAGGCCCUGAUAUACGGCCACCCAAGCCAUCCAUACCACCGCCUCUGCUACGCCCAACCGCCUCUCCAACAAAUCCAACCCUCCGACAUCCCUGAAAUGCUGACCCCAACGCUCGCUUUCCUCUCCGUCCCGCGAACAGAUCUCCGCGUAACAGGUGCUUUUGAAGCAGCCAUCCAGCCACUGCUAAGCAAACUGGAAAUUCCUAGCACAAGCGCCGACAGAGUUGUUGUCCCCUGUCUCUCGCGCCAACUCUCCUCCGUACACCAACGUUUCCCAAACGCUGUUGUGCUAAAAACCAUCGAUAACAUUGCAGACGCCCAAGCGUCAAUGCGAACACUAACUCUCCGCCCAGAAUACGACUUCGGCUACCACCUGAAACUCUCCCUAGCCUGCCAAAUUACCUCCGCCCUGCGCACAAUAACCCCCUGGACAACAUGCGGCGGUCCAAAAUUCCUCCCAACAGACCUCUGGGUCUUCCGUGAAGUCGCUGCAGUCUCAGGCGCACAGGACAACUUUGCCGACGCGAAACAUCUCUCCUGCAUCUUACGCGAUGACCUUGAGGCCCGCGCAGACGCCAACAAUGAGCGUCUUAUGAUCGCAGCAGCGCUCGCCCAACAGCCAUACAACAACACCCGCAGCUACGCAGAGAUCCUAUACAACCUUCACACAACAACUGACAAACAAUUCUGGCUACGCACAUACGUAAUCCGGCUCUUCACCCUGGUCCUCCCGCCUCUAGCACAGUAUGGUAUCGGUCUUGAAGCGCAUGGACAGAACCUCGUUGCUCGCAUUUGCCGGAAAACCGAUGAGGUGAAAGGUUUUGCAGUGCAAGAUUUUGGUGGUGUGCGGAUGCAUGUCCCCACAUUGAAAAAGUUCGGCGUCAACUUUGAUAGUUUGCCUCCUAGGGGUGCGACGUUGACGGAGGAUUUACAUAACUUGUGGAGUAAAGUGCAUCAUGCACUUGUACAGAAUCAUGUGGGGUUGAUUGUUAGUGCGCUGGGUUUGGAGAGAAAUGGGGGGUGGGGGAUUGUGAGGGAGGUGCUUGGGGGUGUUUUGGAGCAGCAGGAAGAGGGGAUGGGGAGGGAGCUGGCGGAGUAUUUUAUGCAGAAUACAAUGUCAUUUAAGUGCUUUUUGAGGAUGAGGAUGGAGGGGAAGUAUCGUGAUUAUGUCGAGAGAGAGGUGCCGAAUGUGCUUCUUAUGGGCUCGCCAAGAUGGGAAGAGGUGCUGCAGACUUAUGAACCGACGUUGCAUUAUACAUAG